GGCGUGUGGGGGCCGCCGGGUCGGGGUCGGGCGCCCGCCCGCCCUGUGGGGAACGGGGACGGCGCUGAGGAGAGCAGGCCGCGGCUGUGGGAUCCGGGACAGCUGGUGUCUCUUCACAGAGCUGGAUAGUGACCUCUCACCUCUGAGAAGAGCAUUUCUGCACCUGCUGACAGCCUCUGCUACUCAGCCUUACCUAGCACAAUGUCAGGCCAUCACACUCCCUCUGCCGGAGGUCCCUUCUCAGCACUCACUCCCAGCAUUUGGCCUCAGGAGAUCCUGGCAAAAUACACACAGAAAGAAGAAUCCAUCGAGCAGCCAGAGUUCCACUAUGAUGAAUUUGGUUUCCGAGUUGAUAAGGAAGAUGGUGCUGAGCCAAACUCCAGCAAGUUUCUGGGGGUCCCACUGGUGGAGGAGCCACAGCAGAGGCUCAAGUGGCAGGCUCAUCUGGAAUUCACACACAACCAUGACGUGGGCGACCUCACCUGGGACAAAAUUGAGGUCACCCUACCGCAUUCGGACAAGCUGCGCUCCCUGGUGCUAGCUGGCAUCCCACACAGCAUGAGGCCACAGCUGUGGAUGCGUCUGUCGGGGGCCUUGCAGAAGAAGAGGAAUUCAGAGAUGUCGUAUCGGGAUAUCGUGAAAAACAGCUCUAACGAUGAAACCAUUGCUGCCAAACAGAUUGAAAAGGACUUGCUCCGCACGAUGCCCAGCAACGCCUGCUUCUCCAACAUGAACAGUAUCGGGGUGCCGCGGCUACGCAGGAUACUACGGGGACUUGCCUGGCUCUACCCAGAGAUUGGAUAUUGCCAAGGCACUGGCAUGGUGGCUGCCUCUCUGCUGCUCUUCUUGGAGGAGGAAGAUGCCUUCUGGAUGAUGUGCGCUAUCAUCGAGGAACUGGUUCCUGCCUCCUACUUCAGCACCACCCUGAUGGGCGUGCAGACUGACCAGCGUGUCCUGCGACAGCUCAUUGUGCAGUACUUGCCCCGCCUGGACAAGCUGCUCCAGGAGCAUGACAUAGAGCUCUCCUUAAUCACCUUGCACUGGUUCCUCACCUCUUUCGCUAGUGUUGUCCACAUCAAGCUGCUGCUACGUAUUUGGGACCUCUUCUUCUACCAGGGCUCCCUGGUGCUGUUCCAGCUCACUUUGGGCAUGCUCAGUAUGAAGGAGGAUGAGCUAAUCCAGUCCGAGAACUCUGCCUCAAUCUUCAACACGCUCUCGGACAUCCCAAGUCAGAUUGAAGAUGCAGAUGUGUUGCUGCGGGAGGCCAUGCGCGUGGCUGGCUCACUGACAGAUGUGGCGGUGGAGACCCAGCGUCGCAAACACUUGGCCUACCUCAUUGCUGAUCAAGGGCAGCUGCUCAACUCCAGCACCACUGUCAACAAUUUAUCCAAAAUUGUGCGGCGCAGGACUCAGCGUAGGAAAUCUGGCAUCACCUCUUUGCUUUUCGGGGAUGAUGAUCUUGAGGCACUGAAGGCCAAGAACAUCAAGCAGACGGAGCUGGUGGCUGACCUGCGUGAGGCUAUUCUCCAGGUGGCACGGCACUUCCAGUGUGUGGAUCCCAAGAACUGCAGCAUUGAUCUGACUCCAGACUACAGCAUGGAGAGCCACCAGCGGGACCACGAGAACUAUGUGGCCUGUUCCCGCAACCGACGACGACGAGCAAAGGCACUACUGGACUUUGAGCGCCAUGAUGACGAUGAGCUGGGCUUCCGCAAGAAUGACAUCAUUACGAUCAUUUCCCAGAAGGAUGAGCACUGUUGGGUGGGAGAGCUGAAUGGACUGAGAGGUUGGUUUCCUGCAAAAUUUGUGGAGAUCUUGGAUGAGCGGAGUAAAGAGUACUCUAUUGCUGGAGAUGACUCAGUCACAGAAGGGGUGACGGACUUGGUGCGAGGGACACUCUGUCCAGCCUUGAAGUCCAUAUUUGAACAUGGACUGAAGAAGCCAUCUCUGCUGGGGGGGCCCUGCCAUCCCUGGCUGUUCAUUGAAGAGGCUGCAAGCCGGGAGGUGGAACGGGACUUUGACUCUGUGUAUUCUCGCCUUGUGCUCUGCAAGACUUACAGGCUUGAUGAAGAUGGCAAAGUCCUCACUCCGGAGGAGCUGCUUUACCGGGCGGUUCAGGCUGUGAACAUGACACACAACGCUGCACAUGCGCAGAUGGACGUGAAGCUUCGUUCCCUCAUCUGCGUUGGACUCAACGAGCAGGUGCUGCAUUUGUGGCUGGAGGUGCUGUGCUCAAGCCUGCAGACCGUGGAGAAGUGGUUCCACCCCUGGUCAUUCCUGCGCAGUCCCGGCUGGGUACAGAUCAAAUGUGAGCUUAGAGUCCUCUGCAAAUUUGCCUUCAGCCUCUCUCAGGACUGGGAGCUGCCAAUAAAGAGGGAGGAGAAGGAGAAGAAGCCGCUGAAGGAAGGGGUGCAGGACAUGCUGGUGAAGCACCAUCUCUUCAGCUGGGACAUAGAUGGGUGACCCCCACCCCGCCCCAUCCUUGGGGAACCUUCUCAGUGGCGCA